AUGGCUUAGCAAUAGAGAAAUGAAACAAUAGUGCCUAUUUUAGUUACAUAAGAGGAAUAUAAUGAAAUUAUGAAAUAANAGUACCAUAAGCUUAAUAAGGCAAUGCAUAUCUCGUAUUUUCUCCUCAAAUAUAAUUACAAAAUCAAAUCCAAUAUGCAAAAAAUCAAGUUCAGCCAAUUAUAUAUCCAUAAUUCUAACAAACUCAAUUAUAUCUUAAUCAACCUUUAUUAUAAGCUUAGUAAUAACAAUUCCUACAACCCUAAAUUGUCAAAAAAUAGGAUACUCUGAA